AGGCAGGCUUGGAGAGGAGGUCGUGUAGUUCCUUCAAACCCCCGUUUCUUCCCUCUAUCAUAGAUUUCCCUCUCUAAAUCUCCCAAUCUCCAAUUCCUGCAUUUCGCUGCUGCUUUAGCCAUGAAUAUCUUCAGAUUCGCCGGCGAUAUGACUCAUUUGAUCAGUAUUCUCGUUCUCCUCCUCAAAAUAUACGCUACAAAAUCAUGCUCAGGGAUUUCCCUCAAGACUCAGGAGCUGUACGCAUUGGUCUUCUUGACUAGAUACUUGGAUCUGUUUACUGAUUUCAUCUCUAUCUACAACACUGUCAUGAAACUUGUCUUCAUCGGGAGUUCUCUGGCGAUCGUCUGGUGCAUGAGAUGGCACCGUGUUGUCAAGCGUUCUUAUGACCGAGACCUUGAUACCUUCCGCCAUUACUUCCUCGUAUUGGCUAGCUUCAUCUUGGCGCUUCUUCUACACGAGAAGUUCACAGUUCAAGAGAUAUUCUGGGCCUUUUCAAUAUACUUGGAAGCAGUUGCAAUUCUUCCUCAAUUGGUUUUACUGCAAAGGAGUGGAAAUGUAGAUAACUUGGCUGGACAAUAUGUUUUCUUCCUCGGGGCUUAUCGUGCAUUCUACAUCCUAAACUGGAUCUAUCGCUACUUCACUGAAGCUCAGUUUAGUAGAUGGAUUUCUUGCGUCUCUGGUCUUGUCCAAACUGCGUUAUAUGCAGAUUUCUUCUACUACUACUUCAUCAGUUGGAAAAACAAUGCGAAACUUCAGCUACCAGCCUGAGGAUACAUGUUUUAAAUUGUUGAUCAGUACUGUUGUCGCGAAUAGAGUUUGAGUACAAUGACCAGAAAACAAAAACAAAAAUGAAAGGAAGUUUCUUCUCCCUUCUCGGGUGGGGGCGAAAAGCUUUUAGUAGUAUUUAGAGAUAGGGCAGAUAUAUUACUGGGUAUCCUCGAGGCCAUUUUUAAACUUUUGCAACUUGUAAAGGCUGAUCAAAACGGUUACUCCACUUGUUUUGGUACAAAAAAAAGUUCUUUAAGAUCAGUUUUUCAGGCAAUGGAUUAUUUGGGGUUAUUUUAAGAUCUUUUCA